AUGGCCCAAAUCGAGCAACCGCCAACCCGAUCGAGUCCAUUCUUUUCUCUAUUCAGAAGAUCGAAGAAGAAAAUCAAUGGCACAAAAUCUCAUGACGAUUUCAAGACAACGCAAAAUGCAAUUGAAGAGCUCGCCAAGACGAAACCUUCUCCACAAAAGAUGUCAUUCACCGAUCGAGUGAAAGCGCACAAAACGGCAAAAAGUGGAAAGAAGGACCAAUCAAGCACGUUACCAUCUCAUUUAUACAAGAAACACGACAAGCAUUUGAAGCAUCAGUGCAAAUCACAAUCCUUUGAUGCACUUGUUGAAGAGGAUCCUGUGAUACUCAUCGAAUCCCUUCAAACGAUCGCCGAUGAACAACCAACGGUGGCCAGAUCAAUUCCAAAACACGCCAACAUCAAACCGAAACCAAAAGAUCCAUUGAGAAAUUGCUUGUUCGAGCAAGAGGUUUACGACACGAUGCUCUCUGAUAGUCUGAAAGUGUGUGAUCUCCUUGCCGCUCAUCUUGAUGAUUGCAUCACGCAUGUGCGUGCGAAAAGUCCCGAACUCUCCAAAAUGAAUCUCUCCGAUGUUUCGGAUGGCCGAGAUUCUGGUCGAGGUCCCUCAUCAGCCUCUUCAACCAUCUCUACAUCACCAACCGCCUACAAGCGGCCGCUAAAAUCAUGUGUGCGAGCCGAUUUCGUCUCCUGGAUCUCUCAACCAGAAACACUCAAACUUUUUGGGCUUUGCUAUGAGUUCAACUGGUACCCAGACAAAUAUUUCGAUCAAAUCCAAGGCUUUCUCGUCACCGCAAAAAUCAAUCCAAACAUCACCAGCACAAAUGUGACAUGCGGCAAAACGAGUACACUCACCGAGGCAAAUCCGUUUCUGAUCGUCGACGGCUACGAUUUCGUUUAUAAAAGCUUAUCUGCACCGGUUUGCGUGACGGCCGAAAACUGCGAGAACUGUUUCUAUUCGAUCGAAUAUACGCAGUUGUGCAGUGAUGAUUACUGGGGCGGAAUCAAUGAGGGCUGCGUGGAGUUUUUGCCGCUUAACAUCAACUCUCAGCUGCCUCAGGUCGAGAAUUGCACGUGGUGGUGGGUGGAGGAGCAGGCGAAUCGAUCAUUUCCCCUGUCGUUUCCUGAGCAUUUCCCUAUUAAAAUGGCCCAAAUCGAGCAACCGCCAACCCGAUCGAGUCCAUUCUUUUCUCUAUUCAGAAGAUCGAAGAAGAAAAUCAAUGGCACAAAAUCUCAUGACGAUUUCAAGACAACGCAAAAUGCAAUUGAAGAGCUCGCCAAGACGAAACCUUCUCCACAAAAGAUGUCAUUCACCGAUCGAGUGAAAGCGCACAAAACGGCAAAAAGUGGAAAGAAGGACCAAUCAAGCACGUUACCAUCUCAUUUAUACAAGAAACACGACAAGCAUUUGAAGCAUCAGUGCAAAUCACAAUCCUUUGAUGCACUUGUUGAAGAGGAUCCUGUGAUACUCAUCGAAUCCCUUCAAACGAUCGCCGAUGAACAACCAACGGUGGCCAGAUCAAUUCCAAAACACGCCAACAUCAAACCGAAGCCAAAAGAUCCAUUGAGAAAUUGCUUGUUCGAGCAAGAGGUUUACGACACGAUGCUCUCUGAUAGUCUGAAAGUGUGUGAUCUCCUUGCCGCUCAUCUUGAUGACUGCAUCACGCAUGUGCGUGCGAAAAGUCCCGAACUCUCCAAAAUGAAUCUCUCCGAUGUUUCGGAUGGCCGAGAUUCUGGUCGAGGUCCCUCAUCAGCCUCUUCAACCAUCUCUACAUCACCAACCGCCUACAAGCGGCCGCUAAAAUCAUGUGUGCGAGCCGAUUUG